CUGCUUCCUCUCCUGAAGUCCAAAGUCCAGCUGCUCCGCCGCAAUAUUCAGUAAACCACUGGGAGUCCGGCAGCAUGGAGGCAGCGCGCCCUCCCGCGACUGCAGGGAAAUUCGUGGUGGUCGGCGGCGGCAUCGCGGGCGUCACUUGUGCGGAGCAGUUGGCUACUCAGUUUCCAUCAGAAGAUAUUCUCUUGAUAACAGCUUCUCCUGUUAUUAAAGCAGUUACGAAUUUCAAGCAGAUUUCUAAAAUAUUGGAAGAAUUUGAUGUUGAAGAACAAUCAAGUACCAUGUUAGAAAAACGCUUUCCCAACAUUAAGGUUAUAGAAUCUGGCGUAAAGCAACUGAAGAGUGAAGAACACUGCAUUGUAACAGAAGAUGGCAAUCAGCAUGUAUAUAAGAAACUCUGUCUGUGUGCUGGAGCUAAACCAAAGUUGAUAUGUGAAGGAAAUCCUUACGUAUUAGGAAUCCGUGAUACAGAUAGUGCUCAGGAAUUUCAGAAACAGCUUACUAAAGCUAAAAGAAUAAUGAUCAUAGGGAACGGUGGUAUUGCACUUGAGUUAGUGUAUGAAAUUGAAGGCUGUGAAGUGAUUUGGGCCAUUAAAGAUAAAGCUAUAGGGAAUACUUUCUUCGAUGCAGGAGCAGCUGAAUUCUUGACUUCAAAGCUCAUUGCUGAAAAACCAGAGGCUAAAAUUGCACAGAAAAGAACCAGAUAUACAACUGAAGGAAGGAAAAAGGAAGCUAGAAGCAAAUCUAAAGCAGAUAAUGUAGGCAGUGCGUUGGGACCAGAUUGGCAUGAAGGCUUGAAUCUUAAAGGAACAAAAGAGUUUUCUCAUAAGAUUCACCUUGAAACUAUGUGUGAAGUAAAGAAAAUCUACCUUCAGGAUGAGUUUAGAAUUUUGAAGAAAAAGUCCUUCACUUUCCCGAGAGACCCUAAGUCAGUUACAACUGAUACAGAGAUGUGGCCUGUCUAUGUGGAAUUGACCAAUGAAAAGAUAUAUGGCUGUGAUUUCAUUGUCAGUGCUACAGGAGUUACACCAAAUGUAGAACCUUUUCUCCAUGGUAACAGUUUUAAUCUAGGAGAAGAUGGUGGCCUGAAAGUGGAUGAUCAUAUGCACACAUCCGUUCCUGAUGUCUAUGCUGCCGGUGACAUCUGUACUGCAUCCUGGCAGCUGAGCCCAGUCUGGCAGCAGAUGAGGCUGUGGACCCAGGCUAGACAGAUGGGAUGGUAUGCAGCAAAGUGCAUGGCUGCAGCGAGUUUAGGAGACUCCAUUGACAUGGAUUUCAGCUUUGAACUGUUUGCUCAUGUGACAAAAUUUUUUAACUAUAAGGUUGUACUGCUGGGAAAAUACAAUGCACAGGGCUUAGGUUCAGAUCAUGAAUUAAUGCUGAGAUGUACCAAAGGACAAGAGUACAUCAAAGUCGUCAUGCAAAAUGGACGAAUGAUGGGAGCUGUCUUAAUUGGUGAAACUGAUUUAGAAGAAACAUUUGAAAACCUAAUCUUAAACCAAAUGAAUCUUUCAUCAUAUGGAGAAGAUCUGCUAGAUCCAAAUAUUGAUAUAGAAGAUUAUUUUGACUGAAAAUGGAAUUUCUUCAAGAAUCAUAUAAAGUUCCAGAUGACACCAGAAGAAUCACAAGUCAGUAAAAUCAAUGACUGCAUUGAGUUAAUGAUGACCACACUGAAAAUUACUGAAGUGAUAAUGGUAUUAGUGGAAAAGUAUAAAAACAUAAAUUCCAAAUUUGAAAUCAGUUCAAAUAGUUUAUUUAUAAUCUUUCCAAUACAGCAGUGACCGCUUAGAUAAAAAUCUUAAGUUAUUUAUUUCUAUGUUUUAAACAUAAAUAUGUUUACUUGUGACUUAGCUUUGAAGCAACUUUAGCUAAGUUAUCAACUUAGCCAAAUGUACUCUAGUAGACUAGAACCAUUCUUUGUGAAAUGUCAAAAUAUGACUGUGGUUUCAGGAACUUUAAAAUCGGUUUUAUUUUACUUUAAAUAGAGAUGUAGCAGUAUCUCAUCUGCUAAUAUUUAUAAUGAUGACUUACUCCUUUUUUGUUUGAAUUGUACUUCUGGUUUUAUAACCUGAAAUCAUCUUGUCCAACUCUAGCCCACGGGCCUAAUGCAGCCCAGGACAGCUUUGAAUGCAGCCCAACACAAAUUUGUAAACUUUCUUAAAACAUGAGAUUUUUGCCGGGCGCGGUGACUCAAGCCUGUAAUCCCAGCACUUUGGGAGGCCGAGACGGGCGGAUCACGAGGUCAGGAGAUCGAGACCAUCCUGGCUAACACGGUGAAACCCCGUCUCUACUAAAAAAUACAAAAAAACUAGCCGGGCAAGGUGGCGGGCGCCUGUAGUCCCAGCUACUCGGGAGGCUGAGGCAGGAGAAUGGUGUAAACCCGGGAGGCGGAGCUUGCAGUGAGCUGAGAUCUGGUCACUGCACUCCAGCCUGGGCGACAGAGCGAGACUCCGUCUCAAAAAAAAAAAAAAAAGAUUUUCUUGCAAUUUUUUUUUUAAGCUCAUCAGCUAUCGUCAGUGUUAGCGUAUUUUAUGUGCGGCCCAAGACAAUUCUUCAGUGUGGCUCAGGGAAGCCAAAAGAUUGGACAUCCCUGAUCUAUGUAUUUAACUUAAAGUAUCACUCAGUGAGCCUCUGUCAGUAUAAUACUGUUUUCAAAAAGAUAGUUAUGUCAAAAGAAAAAAAUAUAGCUAAGUAUAUAAAGGCAUAAAAAACUUAAGACAAUUAUAUGAACUUAUUCUCAAAUAUUUUACAUAUAAAGUGUUUUACAUAAAAAUUUUUCCCUUGUAUUAUACUGGAAAAUUAUAUAAUUCAUGAUCUCUAAUUUUCAAACGUUCUCAAAAGUUUAGAUCUUCAGAGUUAAGCUCUGAAAAUAUAGAUCCAUACAUAUAAAAUAUCAAUGAAAUUGCUUUAAAAAUUAAACUUUUAUCUAACUACAAAAAUAAUGGCAUAUACAUGCAUAAACCAUCUUUAAUUAGAAAAUUUAGUAACGUUCAUUUCAGGCAUCAUCAAUUUUUCUUUUCUUAGCUCCUGUAUUCUUAGAACCAGAUUGCUGAAGCAUGUUUGCAGCCUUCUUCUGGAAGUUGCCUGAAUUUUUUUCCUCCAUCUUUUUAUCACCUUGUUCAGAAUGACAAGUUUGAGAUGAUUCAGCCUACGAAAACAAUAACAAAGCAAGCACCUUGGUAAAAAUUCAGCCAUUCAGUUUUCUCAUGAGAUUAAAGAUUUCAAAAUAUUCUUUUUGUAUCAGUUGGCUUUUUAAGUAUACAGGGAUCUAGUUUUUUUUUAAUCUGCAAAUGUCUAUUCAAAUAUGAGCUCUAUUUUGAAUAAAAGGGGCUACAUUGUGAGAGAAGUUCUAAAGACCUCAAAUGUCCUGAGACAGUGGCACCUGACAUGCUUUUGCAGACUUGAUAAUAUUUGGUUUAUAACAGUGGUUUUUAACCACUGGAACAGCAGAAACAGGCUUCUCAACUAUUAAUAAUCACAACCAAAUAAGAGCAGGGAGCAUAACAAAAUUAGAUAUUCAAAUGGAGUCCUCCCAUUCCCAGACACUGGAAACCCCUAGUUAAUGUUAAAAGGCCAGUCUAAAUUCUUUCACUUAUAUCUUUACAGAAAAGUAUGUUUUCUCUCUUCCAUACCCAGAAAUCUAAUCAGAAAACUGGACCUAGGGGAUAUGACAGAAAAGCAUCCCAUAGGCUUUAAUAUACUUUUAAAAUAUAUAAAAUAUAAUAUACUUUAAAUAUAUAAAACUGAAAAUAGCCAGUUACCCUGAAAGAGUUCUGCGUGGACUUUGUCACUUGCAUAGUAAUAGCAUGUGCGUCAUUGUUCAGAAGAUUAGCUUUAGGUCCUAUUUUCAAAUAUGAAAUGGUAGCAUAAGCUGUAAAACUGUAGUCUUCUCUGCAUAAAAUAAAGGCCAACAAUAAGAAAGUUUUUGAAGGAAUCACAGAAAACAAAUUUAUAAAAGAAAUAACUGUGCAAUAAUUUUUAACACAUUGACUUGAAAUAAUAAAACAAGAAUGCAAAUAAAGCCUUUAAAGAAAAUAUUUUUGUUACAUUUUUUGAUUUAUAGUGAUUGAAGUUUGAGUGUUUUAGGUAAAUUUCCAUAGCAUUUAAAAGUUCACACAAAAUAACUGCAAAACCAUGUAUUCUGUUGCAAUUAAAAAGAAAAACCAUAAAGACAA